ACCGCCUCAGACCUCUCACAUGACUGGGUAACUUCGCUGCUACCCAACAUGAGGUCGUUUUCUCUUUUCACAAGUGCCAUUGCGGCGCUGUCCAGCUUUGCAAGUGCCGACUUGAACCUCUCGGAGCCGCUGCGGUCGAAGCAAGUGCUGCCCAGCACGUUCACGCCCCCACAGGUCUUCAAGAACGCCCAUCUGGUCAGGACCACCAACCUGGACAAGGCGUAUCCCAGAGAGACCGUCAAUGUCCUCAUUGAGAACAUCGAUUCGAAGCCGCAGUCCGAAUACUAUGUCCCAUUCGAUACAGGUCUGCUGGCCAAGGUUGGCGGUUUCGAAGUAAGAGAUAAGAAGGACCCAGCGGCAGGAACGUUCAAGGUCGAAGUCGUGGGCCUCGAGCAGGACAGCGCCACCGAGUUCUACCUCGUCCACCUCCCCGAGCCUCUCGCGCCCGGCAAACAGCAGACCAUCAGCAUCUCGUACUCGAUCCUCUCUUCCCUCAAGCCCGUUCCCUCCGAGCUCGCCCAGACCGCGAAACAAUACCUUCAAUACACCUUUAGCGCCUAUGUGCCGUCUGCCUACGUUACGGAGAAGCAGCGCACCAAAGUCAAGUUCCCCAACGCCGAUGUCACUGAUUACACCACUCUCCCCGCUGAGCUCAACGACGAACAAAAGGCCGAUCCCCAGAAGCAGGGCUCAACUUUCACGUACGGCCUAUAUGUCAACGUCCCUGCCGGCGCCUACCAGCCCGUAAGCGUGCGAUACGAGUUCACGAAGCCCGUCAUACAGUCCACACUGCUCGAACGCGACAUUGAAGUCUCGCACUGGGGCGGCAACCUCGCCACCGAAGAGCGGUAUUGGCUUGUCAACGAGGGAGCCGGGCUCAAGAACCACUUCUCCCGCGUUGAGUGGCAGAAGCAGUCAUACAUGAACCCUCCAACCUUCGCUCUCAAGGCCCUGAAUCUGCCCCUCGCUCCCGGCGCAGUCGACCCCUAUUUCACCGACGACAUCGGCAAUGUCUCCACCUCGCGCUUCCGCCCCGGCAAGAAAGAGAAUCUACUCGAGCUGAAGCCCCGCUACCCAGUCUUUGGCAACUGGAGAUACAGUUUCCGCGUUGGGUGGAACGCAGAUUUAUCGAGCUAUCUGCGCAAGCUGGCCAAGGGCGACACUUAUGUUCUCAAGGUGCCAUUCCUCGAAGGGCCGCGUGCUGCUGAAGGCUUAUCGUAUGGCCGUGUAAACCUCCGCGUCAUUUUGCCUGAGGGUGCGACUAAUGUCAACUUCCAUACCACAGUGCCCAUUGUCAGCAACUCCACAGGCCUGCACAGGACGUUCAUGGAUACCGUCGGCCGUACGACUCUGACUUUGACCGCUCUCAACUUGGUCGAUGAUUUCAGGGACAGGGAUUUGAUUGUCACGUAUGACUACCCGUGGACUGCAGGAUACAGGAAGCCGGUCACUAUUGCCCUUGGCGCCUUCGCCAUGUUCGUGUUUGUUUGGGCUGUUGGCAGCAUUGACACUUCAAUUGGCAAGACGAAGCUGGCGUAACAAGCUGCGAAGGAGUAAAGAUGAGUUUCAGGGUAGCUCAUAGGAGCAUCUUGGUUGGGUAGAUCCACAGCUGGCGAAAGUCCAACACGGGUGGCUGGUAUGUAUAUUUACGUUAGCAAGCGUGUAGAACAGGCGAAAACAUUGAGAUUUACU